AUGCCGGGCUCCCCCCACGUCACGGUGAUAGAGGAGGGCGGCGGCGGGCGGCGCCCCGAGUCCGCCCGCCACGCGCUGGCAUCUGCCUCCAUCACCCUCACCCUCGCCAUCCUCGGCUCUUCUGUGCUGCCCAUCCCCUAUGCCUUCUCCCGUCUGGGCGUCCUGCCAGGCCUGGCCAUCAUGCUUGUCGUGGCAGCCUCCAACUCGCUGUCGGGCACCCUGCUGCUGCGCUGCGCGUCCAGCCUGGACAAGGGCACGUUUGAAAGCCUGGCCGAGACGGUGGGAGGGCCGACGUGGAAGCUCGUGACCGAGGUCUGCCUGGUGCUGCUGCUGUGGGGCAAUUUGACGGGAGACUUCUGCCUGCUGGCAGACAUGGGCACCAUAGCCACGCAGGAGCUAUUCCCGGGCGGCCCUCCCGCCUGGCUGGUGGCCGGCAACGGCCGCCUCCUCAUGGCAGCCCUGGCGCUCCUCGUCGUCUUCCCGCUCAGCUGCCUGCGCCACCUGCGCCAGCUGGACAAAGCUGGCCUGGCUGGGGUGGGGUUUGUGGCCGUGGUGGCGGCGAUUUUCGUGCGGUGUGCCGUGGGCGACGGCCUGCCAGCCGUGGCCAGCGGGGAGCUGCCGCUGUGGCGCCCCGCGGUGACCGCCAACCUGCCAGAGGCCGUCGGGGUGCUGUCCUUUGCGUUUUACUUGACCCCAAUGCUUCUGCCGCUGCUGCGGGAGAUGCCAGCGGGCAAGCUGGGGGUUGACCUGACCUGCAGAGCCGUCCAGAUCGUGACAGUGGGCGUGGCCUACUUGACAUAUGCCGUCAUCGGCUUCUUCGCAGCUGCCCGGUACGGCCUGCGCACCGAGGGCGACGUUCUGGUCAACCAGUGGCUGCCGGGGCGGUGGGAUGGCGUGCUGGGCGCCUUUAUGACCGUCUACCUCUCGGUCUGCAUGGCUCCCAUGGCCAUCACCCUGAGGUGCCAGCUGGAGAACCUGCUCCUCGAGGAGGACGCCGCCAUGCCACGCGGGCGCCAGGUGGCGCUGACCGGGGCCUGCCUGCUGAGCAGCCUGCUGCUGGCGCUGGCGUUCCCCACCUCUGCCGAGAAGAUGUUUGCAGGCAAGCGCCCAGGGAGCCGCCUGUGCGAGGCCGUGACUGGCGCCACCGCUGUGUGCGCCGUCUGCUACGUGCUGCCUGUGGCCAUCCACCUCAAGCUGUACCUGCGCGGCAGCGGCUGGUGGCGCGGCGCCGGCGCCGGUGUCGCCGGCAAGGGCCGCGGCGCGCCGUGGCUGGCGCGGCGGCGCAGCUUCAGCUUUGACCACCGCGCGCCGCCGGGCGGCCCGCUGGCCGGCGGCGGCCCCGGCGGUGGCAGCAACGACCGGCUGGAUCCCCGCUGGCUGCUAGCGGCCGACUACCAAGCCGGGUCUGCGGCCCUGCCGCGCAUGCAGGCCACCUCCUCGUCACGCGUGGCAGCCGCCUUUGCUGCCCAUCUGGGCGAUGCAGCGGCAGCGGGGCAGGUGCCACCGCUGGGGCUGGGGCGCCAAGGCGGGGCGGCUGAGGGCCCGCAGCAGCAGCAGCAGCAGGGGGCGGAGUGGGGGGAGGAGGAGGAGGAGGGGGAGGGCCAGGAGCGGCGCAGCCGGGCCGACCUGCUGUCAGGCCACAAGUGGACGGACCUGUCGCUCAACCGCUGGCUGCGCGGCCAGUCGUACGACAGCGUGGGGGGCAUGAGCGGCUACCCCGACUCCCUGCCAGCCACCCCGCUGUCCCCGGGCGCCUCCAGCUCCCGCGCCUGUGGCCGCGGCGGCGGGCGCGACAGCAUGGACAGCCUGAACGGCGGCGGCGACCAGCUGGAUGGCUGGGACCCGCUGGGCAGCGACGAAGAGCAGCAGCAGCAGCAGCAGCAGCAGACGCCACCAUGGAGCCCCGAGGCGGCGCCCCUACUCCCCAGCCCUGGCGUGGCCCGCGACGCCAUGCCCCUGCUGCCUGCUGUCCCGGAGGCCGCCUCGCUGGCGGGCGCCGAUUUCGGCAGGCCCGGCGGCGGCGGCGGCGGCGGGGGGUACCCGUGCCUAGCGGAUGCGGGAUCGGGGCGAGACGCGGUGCUGCCGCUUCUGUGGCACGUGGUGCUGCCGUUGGGAGUGCUGCUGCUUGGUGUGGCGUCCAGCAUCAGCGCUCUGUGCCUGGCUGUGGCGGCCCUGGUCUAG